AUGGACGAACCGAUUCGGCAAAGACGUUUUUCAUCCCAGCCAGCCCACCACCAAUCGACUUUUCCCGCCGUCGUAGUGCUUCCUGUCCUAAUAGGCCCUAGAAACCAUAGUUUCGGCAACAGUUCACAGGUUGGCAUUCUAAUUCUUGCCUGGGCUGCUGAUCCCUUUCUGGCCGGACGCAAAUCUCCACCCACUCUUUGCUCGCAUUUCUGUCUCUCUGUCUGUCCCCUUUCGGAGAAAGCAUCCAGCCGAUUUAUAUCUCGAUUUUCGUAG